AGCAUAAAGCUCUCCGCACCAGAUCAUCAACGCAUCAUCACUCAAAAGGCAAGCAAUGAAGCUGACUACCAUCUUACAAUCUGCAGCGCUUGCUGCAGCCUCUCUCACCGAGCUAUCCCAAGCCCAGGCCUUCACUCCCCGUGGCUUCACAACACCCAAGCGCAAAGAACUAUGGCAGCCAGAAGUCGGUACACCAUGGCAGAUCAUCCUCUCCGAGGUCGUCAAAGUUCCUAAGGCUGGCGUUAGCUCCAUGACUCCAGAUGUACCUAUAUGGGAUAUGGAUCUCUUCGAGACCCCGAAAAGCACAAUCACCGGUAUGCAGAAGGGAGGGAAGAAAAUUAUCUGCUACUUUAGCGCUGGCUCGUGGGAGAACUGGCGUAAAGACAAAGAUAGUUUUCCGAAGAAAGACCUUGGUAAGGUCAUGGACGGCUGGCCUGAUGAGAGAUGGGUGAAUAUCAGCAGUGUUGGUGUGAGAGCUAUCAUGGCGCAACGGAUCAAGUUGGCAGCGGAGAAGGGAUGCGAUGCUAUUGAUCCUGACAACAUGGAUGGAUAUCAAAACGACAACGGUCUAGGCCUCACCGAACAAGACACCAUUUCAUAUGUCAAGUUCCUCUCUGCAGAAGCAGCCAAGUAUAACAUGGUUAUGGGUAUGAAGAACGGCGGAGAUGUCACAGAAGAGGUUCUUCCAUAUGUCGCCUUCUGCAUCAACGAGUCUUGCAUUCAAUAUUCCGAGUGCGACUUGUAUCAGCCCUACAUCGACGCGGGCAAGCCAGUCUUUAAUAUCGAGUACCCCAAGGGCGCACCAAAGGUGAAGGCUAAGGAUAAGAAGAAGAUUUGUUCCACUAGUGGUGCCGCAGAAGGAUCAGAUGACUUUAGUAAGGUCAUCAAGAAGAUGAAUCUGGAUAAAUGGGUCAUGUAUUGCUAGGGUUUCUUUGGACUAUUCAGCAUGGGGAG